GUGUAAACACACACUGGAUACCGACAGAAAAGCUCAUCAAGUAGGCGAGCUAACACAGCAUGUUGUUUUUUGCUACCAGUACUUCAAAUAACAUCGAAUUGUAAAGACUACAAGUUAUCUUCUACACUUGAGUAGUUAUCUUCUACACUUGAAGAGAUGCCUAAAUUCAAAGAGCUUCCUUCAAAGACAGUCUACGGUUCAGUGCCUACUGCUAUCUGCCCGGGAUGCCUCAUAGCAAAGAGAUAUGCCAUUCAACAAAAACUUGGCAGUGGGAGCUUUGGAACUGUAUACCUUGUGCAGGAUAAGAAGGCUAAAAAAGGAGAAGAACAAAAGGUGCUGAAGGAGAUUUCUGUUGGGGAGCUCAAGCCCAAUGAGACAGUUCAAGCCAAUUUGGAAGCACAGAUGUUGUCACAACUUAAUCAUCCAACUAUUGUCAGGUUCUACACCAGCUUUCUUGAACACAACAGUUUUUGCAUAAUAACAGAGUACUGUGAGGGUAAAGAUUUGGAUUGUAAAAUCAACGAGUGCAAAGAAGCUGGCAAAACAUUCCCCGAAAGCCAGGUUCUAGAGUGGUUCAUACAGCUCCUGUUGGGUGUCCACUACACGCACGAAAGGAGAAUACUGCACAGGGAUCUAAAAACAAAAAAUAUUUUCCUUAAAAAUAAUAUUGUUAAAAUAGGUGACUUUGGAGUUUCCUGUCUCCUCAUGGGGUCGUGUGAUCUUGCCACUACAUUCACUGGGACCCCCUACUACAUGAGCCCGGAAGCUCUGAAUCACCAAGGCUACAACUCAAAAUCGGAUAUAUGGUCACUGGCUUGUAUCUUAUAUGAGAUGUGCUGUCUGGAUCAUGCAUUCACUGGCAAUAACUUCUUGUCAGUCGUUUUGAAAAUUGUGGAGGGGGAAACUCCAUCCCUGCCAGACAGAUAUUCAAAAGAAUUAAAUUCAAUCAUGGAAAGAAUGCUAAACAAGAGUCCUUCAUUAAGACUGUCUGCUGCAGAAAUUCUGAGAGAAAAAUUCAUUGAAGAACAUCUCCAGAAUGUAAAGUGCAUGUUUUCAAGCAUGACACUGAAAGACGAGACACUGGCCUGUCAGAAAGAAGCUGCUCAAAUUAGGAGUGCUUUGCAGAAAAAGGUCCACCUGCAAACCUUGCGUGAGCGGUCAGAGGUGCAGAAAAUGACACCACGGGAGCGCAUGAGGCUACGUAAAUUACAGGAUGCGGAUGAGAAAGCCAGAAAACUAAAGCAACUUGCAGAAGAAAAAUAUCAGGAAAACUACAGACGAAUGCAGGAAUUGAGGUCUCGCAAUUUUCAGCAAAUAAGCGUGGAUGUUCUAAAUAUGUGUAAGGAACAGACUGUGAAGCAGGUACAUCAGACUCAGCCUGUCACUGCCCAGGACUAUAGAUCACUGGGCUACCCUAACCCUUCAGAGAAGGUGCAAACCGACCGGCUGUGCAUGUCAGAACUACUGGAUCAUGAGAUCCCAGAGGACCCCCAGACAGCAGAAGAGUAUUAUUACGAAGACGGGUUUGAGUCCUGCUCUGAUGAAGAAGCUGAAUUUGAAGAUUCAGAAGAACCACCCUUGGAAACAAUGUAUAGAACAUGUGGACAGGACUAUGAUUUGGAAGCAAUGGUGAAGUGUAUGGAGAGUGUCUUGGAUAAUGAAUCUCAUGGUUUUGGGACAGUUACCAGCGUGGCUCCAGCAGUGCCCCUGAGACCGGGAGCGAUCAACAGCACCAUGGCUGAGACCAAGAUGAAACGCAUGAAGGAGUCAAUAAUAGAUAAACUGGGCGCAGAAGUCUUCGUGAAGGUUUAUGAUUACUUAAAGAAAGCAAGGCAGAAGCACGCAAACGAAGCUGAGAUCAAGGAGUACUUGGCGAAGAUCAUGGAAAAGCCCAGUGACUGCUUUGAGGUGGAUCAGCUUCUUUACUUUGAAGAGCAGCUCUUGGCAUCAAAGCGAGAAGAAGCCUAAAUUAAAAAAUAUAUUGACAAUGACCAACCAUACAAGACAACCAUUUUGUGAAGUACUCUAACAUGACUUACUUUCCUUAUAUUACAGAUGGGUCAGUGAAGCAAGAUUUAAUUUAUUACUGCCUUUAUUACUAAGAACAAUCUGUAGAAAAAAGUAUAAGGCAUUAGUGACACAACUAUUUUCCUCUACAGCAGGCCACAUCAGUGAAUGAUGUGCCAUUAAAGUCAGAGGAAUACUGUUGUAGCACAAUGGUUGAUUUUUUAUUUGAAUUAUGUCAUUGUUUAAUUCUUGUGGUAAGUAACUAUCUUUGAAAUAUGCAUGCAUUAAUGCUGUUUGGGAAGGAAGUAUGUGUGAGGUUUGGGGGUUGGUGAUUGCGAUUUGAAUUUUGUUAACUGGCCAGGGUAAAGUCAGAUUUUCAGUUUGACCAUAUGUGUGUCAUUUUAUUGGCCUUCUGAAUCAAGCAAAGUAUACUGUGUUUGUGUUUUUUCUUUUUUUUUCAUUUAGCUGUGAUUUCAAUAUCACACAUUGACCACUAUUUCAGUAAAAGAUGUACAAUAUGCAGCGCUGAUAUGUGGUUAAAAUACAAUGACAAUUGCACAAUACCACUGUGGUUUUCAACAAAAUGGUUUCUAUAAAAAAAAAAAAAACAGACCUGUAUUUUAAUUGUAAAAGGAUAAAGUAUUUGGGAGUGCACUUCUAACAAUAAUGUGUCUGGAAUUAAUAAUAUAUGUGUUUGUGUGUGUAACAUGCCCCUAUGUAUAAUGUACAAGACUGGGCAGCAAUGUGGGUUUUUUUUUUAUUAUUAUUAUUAUGUGAAAGGAUAAUAUACAAUUUUUUUUGUUUUAUUUAAAGUGCUCAAGUUCAUGUUUUUGUCCCCCAGCAAGUUUAUAUUGCAUGUAUUUGUUGUUUUAAUUGGGUUGUUAGAGUCAUUAAUGCAUCUUAUCCUGCACAGAGAAGUCAGUGGCUGCUUUAUUAAAUAAUACAAUUGUAUUUCUCUGGGAUUUAUUAUUAACUUGUAUAAUAAAACAACUGCAUGUAUAGCCAGGUUAUGUGACAUACAGUACUGUAUGUAAGAAGGCAGAAUCCUAAUGGUAGUGCAUCGUACAGCACAGCCCCUUACACUCCUCCUCCCUUAAGUCCUCUGCAAUCAGCUGCAGCCUAUCCAAGGGAAAGCCCAUCGUGCCACCUGAGUGACAGAAGUGGAUGGGUGUGAACCAGCAACCACACUGCCCAAUCAAAGGUCUUAACCUCUGUACAAGAGAGCCAGGCUUGUUUGCAGUUAUAUAGCGUUAAACCUGAUACCACCUGAAAGCCAUGGCUUGAAAAAAGACUAUUUCAAAACCAAAUGUUAAAUACUACCUAGCUGUGAUUAGCUGUGAUCAGCAACUUAUGGGUAUUGCAAGACCAGUUUGAGGAAAUUAGUACGUGAUAUCAUCCCUAAGUCAAAUAUUAUGCUUAUUCAGAACGGGCUUAAGUAUGUAAAUAACAGGUUUGUGUGUUUUUAAUUUCCAGGUUUAUUAAUUUGCUUACAUUGCAUAGCAGUUACCAGUGUGAUAGGAAUAUAUAUUAUGUUUUCUGAAUUAAGGGCACCAUCUGCUAAAGUGCAUCUUGACAUUGGCUUCCCUGACAUGAAUUUCAUUAACUGGCCGAGGUAAAGUCAGAUUUUCAGUUUGACCCUAUGUGUAUCAUUUUAUUGGCCUUGUGAAUUAAGAAAAGUAGAUUUUUGGGUCCAAUUUGAACAGUAAAAUGAAAGUAAUCUUAAAUAAAUCCUUUUUUGAAUCUAAAGCAAGACUUGGUCUGGUAAGCCUUUUAAAAUUGUGUUUACGUGCAUCCUACCAAAGUGCAGGUAGGUAACUGACAUUUUUAAACCAAGGCCAUAUUAUUUAAGUGCAUAACAUUCAACAGGAUUCUCAAUAUGAAGGUUUUGUAAAUUUGUUUCGUGAGGGGUACAUCGCCCCUUAUUGCAUUUGAUUCAUUUGUUUCCCUUAUCUCCACCCUUAGAAUUACCCCUAGUCAAUAGGGGGGUCUAUUGCCUUGUCUAGUUGGCCAGCUGGUGGAUCAUCAAUUCAAGUGGAUUUGAGGCAAUG